AUGGAGAUCCCAGCCUGGUGGUACUUGUGUUUCUGGCCACUCAUCAGCAUCACAUUCCUACAAUUGGGCCUCGACUCCUUGGACAGAACCGACCUUUCCGACUCUGUCCACCCGGCCAUCAUGUCCCUCCUCAAGUACUCCCUAGCCACCUUCAUCUCCUGCUCUUCCACUUCUGCCCUCGUCCUCGCGGCCCGCCUCUACAUCCCCGUCGACCACCGCUACUUGUGGACAUUCACUCUCCCCUUCUGCCUUAUCCCCUACUUGUACAACCCGGCUGACUACCCCGUAAUCAUUGCCUUCCUGUAUGCGCUCGCCCUAUACACCACGCUUUUCCUCGUGCCCCCGCUCGGUUUUUACCCACCUCUCACCAAACUCCUGGCUAGCUGGUACUCCAUGCUUGUCUGCAUCAUGUUCUCCUCGUAUAAACUAUACCCGUGCUACUUGUAUCUUUUCUUCAUCCUCAACUUCCUUCUCAAUUCCGCUGCCGACUGCUACUUGACGGCCAACGGAAGCAUAAACAUGGGGAUUCACAUGACGACGGCGUUCUACCCGCCGGUGGUGAUGAUCCUCUCGCACUACGCGGGGGCCCUCAGGCUUGAGCCCUUCACAGCGUUUAUGAGGAGGAGGGUCGGGAGGUUGGCCAGGUUCGGGGUCGGGAUGGUGGGGACCAUCUUAUUCCAGAAUUUUUUCAGGCUGACCACGUUCGGGCAUGUGGUGGCGUUUCUGUACCUGGCGGUGGCAUGGGUGGCCAACCUGGCGUGCGUGGGCGUCAGGGACGAUUUCGGCGUUUUGAAUUUUCUGAUCGGGAAUGUGAUCGUGGGUUGCACGGUGAACCAGUUCGGGCUUCACGGGACGACUUGGGUGGCGUACGGGGCGUCUCUUGUUCUGUACGGCGUGCGCCUCGGGCUUGAGUCGGUGAGAUUUGAGUCGAGGGAAGGUCUGCAAUUUGUGCAAUUCUCUUUGUGGUAG